GGCAGCCCCUCUCCCUCCCGCGGAGCGUGGCUCUGCGCGCCGAAGGGAGGUGGGUCUGGUCCCGCCCCGCCAGCUGUCCGCUGUCCGCCUGUGGGUUCCCAAUAAAGUUGCUACAAAGUGCCCUUGGGCCGCUUCCUUCCCGCGCCCCGCCUUCCUCUCGCAUCCGGGCCAGUAGCUAUAAGGGCCCAGCCGCGCCUGCGCACGGAGCCUCCCGCCGUUCGACCUCUGCUGUAGCCGGAGCCGGUAGGUAGAGCGCGCUGGACCCGGCCCCAUCCCUCCCCAUCCGCCCGCUGACUGCGCCCUCUCCCCCGUGUCCGCAUAGAGGCGGGUGCGGGACGUGCCGGAUCGCAGCUCCGACGAGGCCCCGGGACGUCGCUCCAGCGCUGGAAGAUGUUCGCCUGCUUGAAGCUCGCCGCCUCUCCCGCCCUGAUCCGUGAUGGAUCAAAAGCCUUGUACAGACCAAUUUCUGCAUCUGUAUUUUCUAAGCCAGAGGUCCGGACUGAAGAGGGUAACUCAAUUCUUAAUGGGGCGCAGAACACUGUAUUGCAACUAGCACUUAGAGAGUUCCAGACUAGUGCUAUCAGCAGGGACAUUGACACUGCUGCUAAAUUUAUUGGUGCUGGUGCUGCCACAGUAGGAGUGGCUGGUUCUGGUGCUGGUAUUGGAACCGUCUUUGGUAGUCUAAUUAUUGGUUAUGCCAGAAACCCUUCUCUGAAGCAGCAGCUGUUCUCAUAUGCUAUCCUGGGAUUUGCCCUGUCUGAAGCUAUGGGUCUCUUCUGCCUGAUGGUUGCUUUCUUAAUCCUGUUUGCCAUGUGAAGAGAGAUCUGCUUGUGAUGUUGGCAUUAGUAAAUUACAAAUGUAAUUCUGUGCAUCUUGCCGGGACUCUCAAAAUGUUGGUGUUGUGGAAAUGUACAUUAUUUCCAAAGUCAUGUCAUUAAAGACUAUCUUUAACUGUCUA